AUGAACCCUUAUCAGCAACACAUUGUGCCUUCCGAUGCUUCUUUAGACUCCAAACCGUUUUUAUAUAAUGAAAUACAAGAUACACUCUUAUUGGGAGAAUAUCCCUUAACAGACACUACCAUCACACCACCCGUCAUGAAUAACAAUUUAACUGGGGUUUAUUCCAACACUGGAUUUGAUAUGAUUCAAAUAUUAUCGCGACUCAUUCAUAGACCCAACCCUCAGAUACAAUUAGGACCGAUCGACUUGUCUUGCUCUUUUGUGGUAUCUGAUGCCAAACAAUACGAUUGUCCCGUUGUCUAUUGUUCACCUGCCUUUGAGAGAUUGACAGGGUAUACAAAUAGCGAGAUUGUUGGAAAAAACUGUCGUUUUUUACAAAGUCCGGAUGGACAAGUCACUUGCGGUUCAAGGCGUCAACAUACGGAUAAUCAAGCCGUCUAUCAUUUAAAAGCACAAUUGAAUCAAGGUAAAGAACAUCAAGCUAGUAUCAUUAACUAUCGCAAAGGUGGACAGCCGUUUGUGAACUUGGUGACGGUAGUACCGAUCUUGGGGCAAGAUGGUACAGUGGAUUAUUUUGUCGGGCUUCAAGUGGAUCUUGUUGAGCAACCAAACUCUAUUCUAGACAAGAUGAAGGAUGGAACGUACUUGAUCAAUUACCACCACCAACCGAUGAAUACAAUUAUGCCUACUUUGCAAGGUAAUAAUAAUCCUCUCGUAGAUCCCAGCGUGGAUGAAUAUUUUCGCGAAUUACCUUCCUCUAAUAAUAACAACAGUAAUCUUAAUAAUAAUAAUGGUAGCACCCAGAUGGAUAUUAUCAGUUUGUUGGAUUCAACCCAAAUUGAUUUUGAAAACUUGACAACCAGCGAGCAACAAAUUCAAAAGGAAUGGAAUAAAGUGCUAUUAGAACAAUCGUGUGAUUUCAUUCACGUACUUUCACUCAAGGGUCUCUUUCUCUAUGUAUCUGAUUCUAGUCUGGACAUGUUGGAAUAUGAACCAGAGGCCUUAGUUGGCACCUCAUUAAGCUCGAUUUGUCACCCAUCCGAUAUCAUACCUGUCAUGCGCGAAAUUAAGGAAGCUACCACACAUCCGGACAAAGUCAUCAAUCUUCUCUUCCGUAUCCGAAGAAAGUGCUCGGGUUAUAUCUGGAUUGACUGUCGUGGUAAACUCCACAUGGAUCAAAGCAAAGGUCGUAAAUGUCUCAUCCUCUCCGGUCGUGAAAGACCCGUUUACAAGUUACUGAACACUGUCCAUAUUUCGGACAAUGAGUAUUGGGGUAAAUUGAGUCUGGCAGGCUUAUUCACCCAUGUCACUUCCACUUGUAAAGAUGUUGUGGGGUUCAGUGCAGACUCUUUAGAAAACGAAUCCCUCUAUCAGUACGUCGAAAGUAAUUACGUCACUGAACUCACUCGUGCCCUCGAACGCGUCAAGGAGAACCAGAUCACUAAAGUACGUCAUACCAUUCUCAACGCCAAAGGUGCUUAUGCCUCUGUUCAGAGCACCUUUUAUCCCGGUGAUACUCUGCAUGGUAUCGGACAACCUUCCUUUGUCUUGCUCCAAAUGAAACUUUUACAACAAGACGAUCACGAUGACAACAACAACAGCAAUAACAACAGCAAUAGCAACAGCAAUAGCACGGGAACAGACACUUGUAAAGACAAUUUAUUUUCGGAAUUAGAAACAUUUCGUAGUACCAAUUGGCAAUAUGAAUUACAUCAACUUCGACAAUCGAACCGACGAUUACGGGAACAACUGGAAAGAUACACCAACCCUAACAAGCAGCGAAAAAAGAAGCGUGUCAAGUUGAUGGAUAGUCCCAAGAUGUGCGCCAAGUGUCAGCGGAAAGACUCUCCUGAAUGGCGUAAGGGGCCUAAUGGGCCUAAAGAGCUUUGUAACGCUUGUGGCUUACGGUAUGCUAAAUCGCUUCUCUCCAGUAAAAAAUAA